AUGCUCAAGCAUAAAUCUGAACCAUUUAGUCAAUUCAAGAAGUUUAAAAUACUGGCUGAAGCUAAGAAGGGGACAAAGCUCGGGUGUCUUUGGUCAGACAUAGGUGGAGAAUUUAAUUCUGAUGAAUUUAAUUCUUUUUGUGCUUCUCAGGGCAUUCAACAACAUUUGACUGCCCCCUACUCCCUGCAGCAAAAUAGAGUUGUGGGAAGAAAGAAUCGAACAAUUAUUUCCUUAGUCCGGAUCAUGUUGAAGGAAAAAGCACUACCUCAAGAAUUAUGGGGAGAGGCUGUAAGUACAGCAAUUUAUCUUCUUAAUUGGUCGUCUACUCACAAUUUGCAGAUGUUGACUCCUUAUGAGAAGUGGAUAGGCAAAAAGCCCUCAAUUGAGCAUUUGCGAGUGUUUGGCUCAAUUGUGCAUGUGAAAUGCACCAAAACUCCAUAGAAAAAACUUGAAGUUCGCAGCACCCCUAUGGUGUUCAAAGGCUAUGAAGUUGGCUCAAAGGCCUACCGCUGCUUUGACCCAAUUAAUGGCACAGUCCAUAUCAGCUGAGAUGUUGUUUUUGAAGAAGAUGCUUGAUGGAAUUGGGAAAAAAGAGGUGAGAAUGUUCCUAAGCUUAAAUUUUUUCCUAAUUUUUCUGCUGACCAAGGAAUGGAUGAGCCAAUUGUCCCCGAGGAAGAAGAUGAAGAGAGUCACUCUGAGACUCAAGAGCCAUUCUGGUUGCACACUUGAAUUCUGAAGAAAGUCAACCUGCAAGAUUCAAGUCCUUAGCUAAAUUGUAUAGUGAGAUCAGUCCAAUACCCUCUAAGAUGGAAGAUUGCUUACUUUCUAGUGAUGAGCUUGUGACCUAUGCUGAAGCUUCAUGAGAGGAAGCAUGGAGGAAGGCUAUGAGAGAAGAGAUGGAAGCUAUAGAUCAAAGUCAAACUUGGGAGUUAAUCACAACCUCAGUUGGUUGCAGGCAAUUGGGCUUAAGUUGAUCUUUAAGCUCAAGAAGAAUGCUCAAGGAGAGGUUUUGAGACACAAGGCAAGACUUGUUGUGAAGGGUUACUCUUAGAAGCAAGGCAUAGACUAUGAUGAGGUAUUUGCUCUUGUGGUUAUAUUUGAGUCAAUUCUUGUGCUGAUUGCCAUUGCAGCCCAAAAUAGAUGGACAUUGCAUCAUCUAGAUGUGAAAUCUGUCUUUCUAAAUGGAGAUGUGGAGGAAGAACUAUAUGUCAAGCAAUCUAAGGGAUUUAUCAUGAAGGAUAAAGAGGGUUGUGUUCUGAAGCUGAAGAAAGUGCUAUAUGGGCUCAAGCAAGCCCCAUGCACAUGGUAUUUCAAAUUUCAUAAUUCCUUAGUUUCACUCGGUUUCAAGAAAAGCAACCAUGAGCAAGCUAUCUACUUGAAGCAUUCAAAUAGAGUUCACUUGAUCAUCAGAGUCUAUGUGGAUGAUCUUAUUGUCAUAGGUGAGAAUGACAUUGACAUCAGUGAAUUCAAAGGUCAAAUGAAGCAUUUCUUUGAGAUGAGUGACCUCAGGCACCUUUGCUCUUAUUUGGGCAUCAAAGUGGUUCAAAAAGAAGCUUGAAUUACUCUAUUUUAGAGAACUUAUGCACUAAGAAUACUGAAUUUUGCAAAGAUGGGCGAUUGUAAUCUAGUGCAAGCUCCACUUUAAGCCAGAGUCAAAUUUAGUUAACCAAAUUUAGGCCCAUCAGUUGACUCUACCUACUUUCGAAGCCUCAUCGAAAGCUUAAGGUAUUUGACUCACACCCAUCUUGAUUUGACAUAUUAUGUGGGAUUUUUGAGUAGGUUUAUGGAGCACCCUACUUCAAAACAUCACAUAGUGAUCAAGCGAGUUCUAAGGUACCUAAAAGGUAUAAUUCACUAUGGUUUAGUCUAUGA